AUGUCGGAAAUAUUCUUACACAGGGGAGAAAAAAUCAUUGUGCCGCUGUCAAAUAUUUCAGGGCUUCUAGAGGAUAACAAACUGGGCAAGGAUAUGACCCUGUCACGUUCAAUCGCACUGGCUGAAAAUAUUUACCAGAGUGAAAGAAGACAACUGGAAAGAUCAUUACAUGAAGAUGCUCUUUACAGUGGGGAACUGCUACAAAAUAAACCCAUCUUUGAGAAGAUAAUGAGCAGAGAUAAGCAUUCUUUCUCACUAGAUAAGUCGACAAAAAGUGCAGUCACGAGAUCAGAAGAAGACGAAAAAAGCACAAUAAGCCAACUAGACCACAUUUGUAACGCGGGUAUUGAGUGUGAUGAUGAUGCGGACUCUCUGACUAGCCGAAUGUGGAGUAUAUUUGUCAACGCAUCAAGAGCUUUCAACGGAUACGGACAUCAGAUUUCUUUUCAUGAAAGGAGUGGUAUAGCUUACAAACAUUCAGAUGACUGGAUAAACUAUCAAGGAAAGGAAGAGAAUUACGUAGUCACACCUAGAGAAGCCCUUGAAAUUGUUGAAGGCGCAAUUCAAAGGUUGAAUCAAAAUAAUUGGUAG